UCUAGUUCCCAUAAGCGAAACUCUUGCAGGAACUAAUUAACUCGUUCCAAUGAUUUCCUUGCUUUUCCCCUCUGCUCAUUCGAUUCUUGAAUGGAAAAACUGAGAAGAGCAGUGAACCAAGUAGCAUAUACGCCUCUCUCUCAAAGAUUCUCCAGUUUGUCUCCGCUGCAACUCUCUCUGAUCCCACUUCUCUCCUUGGCUUCCAAUCUCUACAGGUUCGCUAUUUCCCUCCGCCACCGCCUAUUCCGCCUCAACCUCCUCACCGUGUAUCGGUUGCCAGUGCCAGUGAUUAGUGUUGGGAAUUUGACAUGGGGAGGCAAUGGAAAGACUCCAAUGGUGGAGUUUGUUGCGCGCUUGUUAGCCGAUACUGGAAUACCUCCUCUUAUUCUUACAAGGGGUUAUGGUGGUGCGGAUGAAGCUAAAAUGCUUCAGAGGCAUCUGUGUGGGACAUCUGCUAAGAUUGGCGUGGGUGCAAAUCGAGCUGCCACCGCCUAUAGCUUUCUUAAACAAUAUGGUUACAUGAAUCUUCACAAUAGUACAUACUAUGAGAGGCUUCUGUCCCAUGAAAAAGUGAACAAUCAUUCUAACUCAGGACAUAUUGGUGCUGCAAUCCUAGAUGAUGGAAUGCAGCAUCUGAGUUUAUGGCGUGACCUAGAGAUUGUAAUGGUGAAUGCAAUGAUGCCGUGGGGAAAUGGUCAAUUACUUCCACUUGGACCUCUAAGGGAACCUUUGACUGCACUCAACCGAGCAGAUAUCAUUGUCAUCCAUCAUGCAGACUUGGUUGCAAAACAUGAUAUUGAAGCCCUUGAAUCAACAAUUCGAGAAGUUCAAAAGGUUCUCCCUGUAUUCUUCACUAAAAUGGCUCCGUCACACUUUUUGAGAGUUGGAAACAUGUCUAGUAGAAUUCCACUGAAUGUUGUAGACAAUAAGAUUGUAUUAUGUGUUUCUGGCAUCGGAUUUGCUGACUCCUUCAUUCAGAGGAUAGAGGAGAUGGGACCAACAAUUGUAGAUCGGCUAGACUUCAGUGACCACCAUUUAUUUCAACUCGAGGACCUUGACAUGAUAAGUGCAAGACUUGAAGAACUUGAAUCCAAGUUUGCUACUAAACCAGUUGUCAUUGUAACUGAAAAGGAUUAUGAUCGAGCUCCAAAUGUUCUUGAAAAUUUGAAGCCAUUUGAUGUUUUGGUACUUUGUUGUAACCUGCAAAUUCUGGCUCAUAAGGGAAGCACAGAAGAUGGCUUCAAAUUGAUCAUCAAGCAGCAUCUAAAGCAAGAUGAUCGGGUGUAGAUAUUUCUUAAACCUCAAUUCACAUCGGUUUUUAGUACUUUCAAUCCUUCCUUCUGCUUCUACUUGUGCUCAAUGAGUUAUAUCGUGCUACUUUGAGAUUUCAUUAUAUUUUCUUGUUGGUUAGUAGAAUUAUUGUUAUAUUUCUUUCAAGUAUGAACUUUGAUGAGACUAGAUGUAAAAGAUUUACACUUCUUUAGAAUUCAUUGUUACCAUCUAUCUGAUGCU